AACCCUAAUUUCUAAAUAUAAAAAUUCAAGAUCAUGGAUCAGCAACACGAAAGUCAACCUUCUUCAACCAAAGUCGACAGAAAGAUUGUAGAGAAAAACAGGCGAAGCCAAAUGAAGAAUCUUUAUUCUGAACUCAACUCUCUUCUGCCUAGUUAUAACCCCAAGGUUUUUGUUGAAUUAACUCAGCAAGUGGUGGCAGUGCCUGAUCAAAUAGAUGAGGCGACGGAGUACAUCAAAAGGCUGGAGGAAAAAGUGAAGAUGGCGAAGGAGAAGAAAGAAAGGUUAAUGGAAAGUAAGAGAAGUGGAAGUGGUUUAUCGAGUGGUUUUGAAACAAGAGGAAGCGAAAAGCCGCCAAAAAUGGAGAUUCACGUAAAGGGUUCUGUGCUUCAAGUCAUUCUAACAUGUGGGGUCGAUAACCACUUUGUUUUCUGUGAAAUUAUCAGAAUAUUGCGUGAAGAGAAUGUUGAGGUAAUCACUACCAGUUAUACAAUUGUUGGAGAUUCAGUGAUUCAUGUCGUGCACGGGGAGGUUGGGCAAUCUAUGAUCCAUUCUGGAGCUAGCAAAGUGAGUGAGAAGCUGAAAUGGUUCCUAAACGGAUCCAUCUCUAAUGAAGAAAUGGAGCCUGGAAUGUUAUGGGGUUCUGAAAUUGGAGCUACUCUUCCAUGGGUUCUUCUAGAUCCUACCCCACACAAUGCCUUACAACCAAAUCCUUAGUGAAAUUAAAAACAAGGAAAAAAUACAUAAAUUUAUGUGAGCUGAAAUUAAGGGUAAUGCUUUUAGCCUCUGGUGUAAGAAAAAAAAAGACAUGAUUUCCAAAAAAGGAAAAUGGUGUUAUGUUGUAAUAAGUGUUUACUUUAUUUCCAUUACAAUGAGUACUUCUUUAUUUAUACAAAUGUUAAUACCCACCGAUUAUGAUUGUAAUAAGUGUUACUUGAUUUUAUCCGAAAUAAGAAAUAAGGUCUUUCUGUCUUGA